ACAUUCUGCGAUGCUUCCGACUUCACACAAACCAAACAAACUUCAGCAUGUUUGCACGUCAAAUCUGUCAGCACUGAACAAGCCACUGUCCUGCCAUGUCGAGCGGCUAUAAGCCAGAUAUCCUGUGGUCUCCUCAUCACGCAGACCGCUAUGUGAUCUGCGACACUGAGCUCAGUCUGUACCGGAUCGGACCUUCUGGAAGCUCCGAAACCAAAGCUGGAGCUCUUCAGUUAUCCGAGGAGACGGCAGCGACGCUGCUGGCCAUCAACUCCGACACCCCCUUUAUGAAAUGCGUGGCCUGGUAUCCCAAACAUGAGCCAGAGUGUUUGUUAGCUGUGGGACAUACCAAUGGCCGAGUCGUGUUAACCAGUUUGGGACAGAGCCACAACUCCAAAAGUAAGGACCUCGCGGGUAAAGAGUUUGUUCCUAAACACGCUCGGCAGUGCAACACUCUCGCGUGGAACCCUGUGGACAGUAACUGGCUGGCGGCUGGUUUGGACAAACAUCGGGCUGAUUUUUCCGUUCUCAUAUGGGACAUCAGCAGUAAGUUUUCUCCGGAAGCCGUUCCCGCUGAGAAGGUUCGUCUUUCUGGAGACGCAGACUCUGGUUUGCUGGUGACCAAACCUCUGUAUGAGCUGGGUCAAAACGAUGCUUGCCUUUCUCUCUGCUGGCUCCCUCGUGACCACCAAAAGUUGCUUCUUGCCGGCAUGCAUCGAAAUCUUGCCAUCUUCGAUCUGCGUAACACCAGCCAGAAGACGUUUGUGAAUACUAAAGCAAUUCAGGGCGUAACUGUAGACCCUCAUUUUCAGGAUCGUGUGGCGUCUUAUUUUGAAGGUCAGGUUGCUAUUUGGGAUUUGCGCAAAUUCGAAAAACCAGUUUUUACUUUAAACGAACAGCCUAAACCUUUGACUAAAGUUGCAUGGUGUCCUACUCGGAUGGGUUUACUAGCGACGCUAACACGGGACAGCAAUAUCAUCCGGCUGUAUGACAUGCAGCACACUCCGAUGCCUUUCGGGGAUGAAGUAGAGCCCACCAUCAUGGAGCGUGGGGUGCAGCCCUGCAGCGAGAGCAUCAUCAGCAGCUUCGCCUGGCACCCGUCAGCACAGAACCGCAUGGUGGUGGUGUCCCCCAGCCGCGUGAUGAAUGACUUCACAUUGUUCGAGCGCAUCUCUCUGGCCUGGAGCUCCACCACAUCUCUGAUGUGGGCUUGCGGACGGCACCUGUACGAGUGUGCGGAGGACAGCGGACAGGCCGCAGAGGCUGAGAAGGACAUCGCCACUAAGAUGAGGGAGCGAGCACAGUCUCGAUAUGGCCACGAUACUGUCCAGGUGUGGAGGAACCAUGUGCUGGCUGGAGGAGACGACCCACAGCUGAGGUCUCUCUGGUACACACUCCAUUUCAUGAAACAGUACACUGAGAAUGUGGAACAGAAGCAACAGAGCAAUAAACAGUCCCUCAUCUACUCCGGCAUCAAAAACAUUGUCAAGUCCAGCUCUGGCACUACAGAGACACGGCGGUGCUGGUCAGGUUCAGACAGGCAGACGGACGUCCCACGGUUCCACAGUGAGGAGCGCAGUCUGGCCCUCCAGUUGUGUGGCUGGAUCAGUCAAGGGCCCGACACCGAUGUUGAACCCUUCCUGAAGUCUCUGGAGCAGGAGGGCGAGUGGGAACGAGCUGCUGCCGUCGCCCUCUUUAACCUGGACAUCCGGCGGGCCAUUCAGAUCCUGAAUAAAGGAGCUUCCUCAGAGAAAGGUGAUCUGAAUCUGAAUGUGGUGGCUAUGGCUCUGUCUGGCUACACCGAUGAGAAGAACUCACUGUGGAGAGAGAUGUGCAGCUCUCUUAGACUCCAGCUGAAGAAGCCCUACCUGUGCAUCAUGUUUGCCUUCCUCACCAGUGAGCCUGGGGCCUAUGAUGGCGUAUUGUAUGAGAGUCGUGUGGCGGUCAGGGACAGAGUGGCCUUUGCGUGCAUGUUUCUAAAUGAUGCUCAGUUGCCUCGUUACAUAGACAAACUGACCAAUGAGAUGAAGGAGGCUGGUAACCUGGAGGGAAUCCUGCUAACAGGACUGACCAAAGACGGAGUCGACCUCAUGGAGAGUUACGUAGACCGAACGGGAGAUGUACAGACAGCCAGCUUCUGCAUGCUUAAGGGUUCCCCAGGAGAGGUGCUGAAGGACCCUCGGGUGCAGUGUUGGAUCGAGAACUAUCGUAACCUGUUGGACGCCUGGAGGUUCUGGCAUAAACGGGCUGAAUUUGACAUUCAUAGAAGCAAAUUGGAUCCCAGCUCAAAACCACUUGCACAGGUGUUUGUCAGCUGCAAUUUCUGUGGGAAGUCUAUAUCAUACAGCUGCUCAGCGAUGCCACAUCAGGGCCGUGGGUUCAGUCAGUACGGGGUCAGCGGGUCACCCACCAAGUCAAAGGUCACCAGUUGCCCGGGCUGUCGUAAACCACUCCCACGCUGUGCCCUCUGCUUAAUGAACAUGGGCACCCCUGUUUCCAGCUGCCCAGGCACAGGAAAAGCAGACGAGAAAGCUGAUCUUACACGAGACAAAAAACUAGCGCAGUUUAAUAACUGGUUUACCUGGUGUCACAACUGCCGGCAUGGUGGCCAUGCGGGUCAUAUGCUUAGCUGGUUCAGAGAUCACAGUGAGUGUCCCGUGUCAGCGUGCACCUGUAAAUGCAUGCAGCUGGACACCACAGGAAACCUGGUGCCUUCAGAUAGCGUAUAGAAGCCUUUCUGCCUUUUGAUUUCAAACUUAAAUCUCCCACAUACUAGAAACCAGCUACCCACGCUAGUACUGUAAGUUCCCACAGUUUCAGUGAGUCAAAGACGAGCAUAUGUGUCUUUCUGAAGCAUUCUGCACACCUCAUGUCCACGACAGGUGCUCUAUUGUUGCAGAAACUAAAGCAGUUAGAUAGGAUUAUGUUACCCGUGAUUAACUCACCCACCCCACAGGCAGUUGAGCAGGGGGUCCGUGUGAAUGUCUGACCAGUGCAUUUGCGGUCCAGCAAAUAAAACUAUUUCAGUGUUGACUUGGGAAGAGAAAUAUUACAAAAUGUUCAUUUCAACUCAAGGAAAACCUUAGAGAAUGCAUUUGUGGGUGCAUAUUUAUUGCAAAUGACUCUAGUCUAUACCACACUGAAGCUCAAUCAGAUGUUAAAAACUGAUUUGUAAGAGAGCUAACAAAGAUAUUAGCAUUGAGAAUGUUGAAUGUUUUACAAAUGCAGGUCAAAAGAAAUGAUCUUCACUGGGAAGUUGUUCCAUUAAAGUAUUUUAUUUGUUUAAAUAACGCUUUUAACAAAUUUACACCGUGAUUUUGCUGAUUUUUGUUUGUUUAAAUGUGUAGGGUUAACAGUUCUGUUUUAUUUGUUGAAAAUGAAGACAAUGUAAGAUGACAUUUUGUAGUGCUUACAUUAAUUUAUUGCACAAUCAAUGCAAUGACAACUUAACAUCCUUACUAUUUAAACGAUUGUCUGAUGUUUUUGAGAAAAAGAAAGAACUUUCAUUGAGGGACUACUGUUAUUAAACACUUUUGAGUUGUUAA